AGCUGGAGUCAAAAUAUUUACGCGCUUUUCCCAGGUUUGUUUGCCCGCUUUUCUUUCGCGCGUUUCUUCGCUGCGAUGUGGAAGAUAACAGCGUACAUUGGGCGGGAAAUCACUUCUCCCAAAUCGGUCUAAUCGUCUGCAAGUGUGUGGUGCGCAUGCCUUUGCUGUUGGAGGUCCGAUAGACCGAAGAAAGCUUCUGUUUUUAUUCAUGAAUACAGUGUUGAAUUUGCGGAACCGCGAGUCGGGCAGCGGUUUCGCCUCUCAGUAUGAUGCCCCCCUGUGCCGGUUGCAGGUGCACGAGCGGGACAGCUGGAACGGUAUUACGCCCUCCACCUUCUCGGCCGACUACAACCCAUCGCCUCCGAUCCUGGCGGCCAAAUUUUCCAAAUGCCAGGGCAAGCAGCACAUACUGGCGAUCGCAAACGAGGAUGGCAAGAUAGCGCUGCAAGAUACGAACCUCACGAACCGGGAACCGGGUGGUGAGCGGGCACUGGAAGGAAUCCAGUGCCACUACAAUGCGGUGUUCGAUCUCGAGUGGAUGCCCGGAGACAUGAAGCUGGUGACGGCUUCGGGCGACCACACCGCGAAGCUGUGGACGCUCGGCGAGUCGGAAAUGCUGUGCACGCAAACGUUCCGCGGCCACUCGCGCUCGGUCAAGACGGUCGCGUUCCGGCGGGACGAUUCGGCCGUGUUUGCGACGGGCGGACGGGACGGUGCGAUACUGAUCUGGGACAUCCGGGCGCAGGUCGGGUUGGACAUGAUCCCGCGGGCGGACAACUGCAUCUACAGCGGGCAUGCCGGUGGCCCGGGCACACCGCUCUCGCACCGCAAGCGAACACGCCAAACGCCAAAGAUACCGACGCAGGGCUGCAGCAGCAGCAUUACGGGGCUCGCGUUCCAGGACGGCAACACGCUGAUCUCGUGCGGUGCGGGCGACGGUGUGGUGAAGGUGUGGGAUACGCGCCGCCACUACACCAGCCACCAGCGGGAACCGAUGCCAAAGUACAGCUUUUCCUACGCCGGCACGACGACGCUGAAGGGCUUCACCAAUCUGGCGAUCGACGAGCGGCGGCACCGGCUGUACGUGAACUGCAUGGACAAUCACAUCUACUGCUACAACAUCUCGUCGUACGAUGGGAAGCCGCUGCAGCGGUACGGUGGCUUUAACAACGGCACGUUCUACGUGAAGGCGGCGCUCAGCUCGGACGGCCAGUACCUGAUCAGCGGGUCGAGCGACGAGCGCUGCUACAUCUGGAACGUGGACAACCCGAACCCGCUGGUGAAGCUGUCCGGCCACUCGGCCGAGGUGACGAGCGUGGCCUGGAUGCAGAGUGACCGCGACGUGCGCCUAGUGACGUGCAGUGACGAUGCGCGCCACAAGGUGUGGCGCAUCGGGCCGGAAGAGAUGGAUUCGGACGAGCAGCAGCAGCUCCGCGGCACGGCGGAGUAUUGCGACUCGUACCGCUCGGACCAGGCAGAAAAGCAGCGGCUCAAGGCGCUCGAAUUUACGCCCCGCUCGGUGCGUGGGUUGGUGCAGCGAAACGAAACGACACCGAGCACGCAGGUCGACCCGACCCGCACGCCGAAAGCAUCCGGCGCAGCGUUUAAGAUGAGUGCGGGCGGUUGCUUCAGUGCCGGUGCGACAUCGUCCGAACGGCCCGGCAAGCGUUCGUUCUCGGAAAUGGCCGACAAGGACGGGCAAAGCUGUCCACCGGUGAAGCGAUCGUACCGUGAGGAAGGCCGCGGCCGUCGCCUAUUCAGUCCCGCCAACUCCAAAUCGUCCUUUAGCUUUACCGCGCUCGAGAUCGCCGCCAGCUCGUCCUCGUCGCGCAGCCUCAACGUGAUACUGGAAGCGACGGAUGAGCUGACGACGGUCGGACUGUCGCCGUGCAAAUCGCCGCUAGCCACCGCGAACCUCAACAUCCGCUCGCCGGACCAACCACCCUCAUCGCUGGCGCAUCGUUGCGCAUCGCCCACGUUGAACCUGAUCCUGCCGAACUUUGUGAUCGACGGGGAAGCGCCACACCUGGUGAACGUGCUGGCCGCAUCCGGUGGCAGUGAGCGGGGCGAUGGGGUAGUGGUAGGACAGACCAAUGGUUCGACAGUCGGUGAAGGUUCCGGAAGUGGCGGUGGUGGUGUUGCCGUGAAGCGAAAGCUACGCGAGCACAUCGACUGGCUGACCAAGAUCCGGAAGCAGAAGCAGCUCCAGGCGGCAAAGGGCAUCGAGAACAGCUACGGCACGGCAAUGGAGCGGGUGACGGCAUCGCAGCUGCUCUCGCCACGGCUUCAGCACUUGAAAUCGUGUGGUGAUGAGGGUGGUGGAGGGACAGUGGCUAGUAGUGUAGGGCCGAGUGAGAACAAACACCAGCAGCAGGAAACGAAUCACCUUCCGGGAAAUGCGGCUUCGAGCAGCAGCUCAGAAACACCGACCACGCCACGGCGGCGAUCAUCCUGGGCGUGGAAUUCGAGCAGCAGUCCACACGGUGAGCACGGUGACGACACAGGGCAGCUGCGCGGUACACGGACAACGCCCCGAAGCCGACGGUACUCGACGAAUGGUAUGCGGGGUGUGCUACCGGUCACCUCGGAGACGGCUUCGAUCAGGCGCUUUCUUACGGUGACGACACCCACCAGCCGGACCAACGCGCAGGCAUCCAACUGACUUUGCGUAAUGGGUAUUGUGUGCCUAAAGAAGCAGCUUGCUUCGCACGUUUCAGACCACAACACACAGAGGAAGUGUAACCUCCAAUACCUCUUGGUUUUUCAGAUUUUUAUAGCUAUUUAAGGAUUAGUUUGUAAGCGAAAGUUCUUCCCCCGUAACGUUCCGCGUUAAAGGGACGAGACAAUGCAACAUGUACAUAGAAUUUGAGAAUACUAUUCGCUUUCGAAAUGCGAA